AUGAGUUUUACUUCGGAUGAGGUUAACUUCCUCAUAUAUAGGUAUCUGCAGGAAGCAGGUUACUGUCAUUCGGCCUAUCUCUUUGGAUUAGAAAGUGAGAUUAGUCAAUCGAAUGUGGAUGGUUCCUUAGUUCCUCCUGGAUCUCUUCUCUCUCUCAUUCAAAAGGGUCUCCAAUACACCGAAGCUGAAAUUAGUAUUGGUGAAGAUGGCAGUGAACGAGUGGUGGAAUCCCUCUCUCUUAUCGAUGCCGUUGUUCCCGACGUAAUCGAAAAGCGGAAAAAUUCAUUACGCCAACAGCAGCAUCAGUCUCAUCAUUCUUCUUCCACAUCAAAUACUGCCAACACUGGCAACCAAUCACAGCAAUACAACUGUGCUUCUAAUUCCAUACCUCCUAAUAACGGCGGUGAAGGAGGUGGUGGCGGUGCCAGCAGCUUCAAUUCUCAUCUACCUCCUUCAACUUCUUCAACCUCUAAUAAUGAUCCUGUAAAUACCCCCACACCAAUGGAUAGCGAAAAUACCGCAUCUAACAGCAGUAGUAUUCUCCUUUCCAACAACCUCUCUACUGGAGCCUCCAUUGCUUCUCAAUCCCAACAUCCUCGCUCCUCAUCACAAAAUGCUGUUUCACCACCCUCUGAUAGUCCCCUAAAUGCUGCUGCUGGGCAUCUCCGCUGGUCAAAUAAAAACUUUGGCACUGCACAAGAUACCCUCCCGCCCAAUCACCCGGUCUCUAAUUCAGUAAUCCUUCCCCAAAUGCACACAAAUGGAGAUAAUGGUCAUGCUAAUCAUUAUCGUGGUAACGCAGGUGAAAUGGAUAUAGACAAGAUUCCUCUUCAGACACCAGGCGCAAAUCCUCUCCCCAACUCAACAUCAGUGCAUUCCCCUGAUCCAGGCAUUAUUCCUGAGGAUCGAAUCACUGUUUUACGAGGUCACACUUCGGAAGUCUUUAUCUGUGCCUGGAAUCCUCGUACUGAUAUGCUCGCUUCAGGUUCCGGUGAUUCUACUGCACGAAUUUGGAACUUGGAGAGCAAUUCUCCAGCUAACUUCCGCUCAUCUCCUAUCAUCCUAAAGCACUGUAUUAGUCGGGAUGGCCAAUCUGUUCUUUCUGCAAAAGAUGUUACGUCUUUAGAUUGGAAUUCCGACGGGAGUUAUUUGGCAACGGGUUCUUAUGAUGGCUACGCCCGAGUCUGGGAUACAGACGGAAAUCUCCAAAAGACUUUGGGCCAACACAAGGGCCCCAUUUUCGCGUUAAAGUGGAAUCGAAAAGGCAACUACAUUCUCACCGCGGGAGUUGAUAAGACUACCAUUAUAUGGGAGGCACAAACAGGCCAGAUUGUCCAACAGUUCGCCUUCCAUCAGGCUCCUACUUUGGACGUAGAUUGGAAAUCUGCGGAUACAUUUGCAUCCUGUUCUACAGACACGUAUAUCUACGUUUGCAAACUGAAAGUUGAUACUCCUUUAAAGACUUUUAAGGGACAUGGUAACGAAGUGAAUGCAAUAAAAUGGGACCCCAAUGGUGAACUCCUAGCCUCCUGUUCCGACGAUCGGACCCUCAAGGUGUGGGACAUGAACAGUGACGAGUGCAUUCAUGACCUGCAGGGCCAUGCCAAAGAGAUUUACACAAUUAAAUGGAGUCCCACCGGCCCCGGCACCGCCUAUCCUAAUGCCCAACUUUGGCUUGCUAGUGCAAGUUUCGACUCAACUGUGCGCCUUUGGGACGUGACAACAGGGACUUGUCGACAGACACUGCAACGGCACACCGAACCCGUCUACAGUGUUGCCUUCAGUCCGGAUGGUCGUUACCUCGCUACCGGUUCCUUUGACCAGUGUGUCCAUAUUUGGAAUGUUGAUACUGGCGAACCGAUUAAUACCUAUCGAGGUACAGGUGGUAUCUUCGAAGUCUGUUGGAAUUCUCGGGGAGAUAAAGUGGGGGCCAGUGCUUCUGAUGGUGGUUGUACUCGACCUACGACGGUAGAAACCGAGGGAGAUGUGUUUAUUCUCGAAUCCCGGUAA